AUGGGUCUCCCUGAUUCACUCUCCCUGUUUAUAAUCUAUUCUAUACAAAAUAAUCAUAAUAGAAGAAGGGGCCAGCCUUCGAGUGACAGCGACGCAAGAUGGCAGCCACCACAGGCUCGGACAAAUUAUGAAAACCGAAUAUACAGCCUUAAAAUAGAAUGUGGGCCUAAAUACCCAGAAGCACCCCCAUCUGUCAGAUUUGUAACAAAAGUCAACAUAAGCGGUGUGAGCAGUUCAAACGGAGUGGUGGAUCCAAGGGCCACGGCAGUGCUGGCCAAGUGGCAGAAUUCCCACAGCAUCAAAGUCAUCCUGCAGGAGCUGCGGCGCUUAAUGAUGUCAAAAGAGAACAUGAAGCUACCACAGCCACCAGAAGGACAGUGUUACAGCAAUUAGUCACCAAAACCCCGGCCUCCCCUCCCCAGUCCAACCUAAGUCUUCAUUUCCCACAGUAGUGAAUUUUCUAGAUUCAUCUUGUAGACCUCAAAGGACUGGAGAGAAAGCUCCACUGAGACUCCAUCCUGGAACACUGCUCUGAUACUAAUUCCUUGUCCAUUUGAAAUACAUAGGCUGUGCUGUAUAGCAUCCUCUGUUGAGUGUAACCGCUGGCUGCCUAGUUGAACUUCUGGGAUCAAGAAGGUGUGUUGAAAUCGGUUUCCUUUGGGAGCGGUGGGCACAGCUAACGCAACUGUGAACAGACACGUCACACAAUCACCUGCUGCUGACACCUGGCCUGGGUCUGCCUCUGCCCGCCCCGCCCUCCUGCCACAGCUGUGCGGUGGCCCUUAGACUAGAUGGGAAGAAGGCUUUCAGGUAGCAGCUGUGGGACUACUGCUGGGCUUGGGGGUACCUUGGCUGCACCCCUGCUUUCUUAAGUCUUAAGUGAUGCCCCAUCCAAGCCAUCGUUCCCCCCACUCCUCCACUCCCAUCCUUGGCCAAAGCUUAGAUUUUAACCCUCCCCUCCCUCAGAA